UUACUUCAUUUGAUAAACUUGUCCAGUCGAAUACAUAAAAAGCAAAAAAUCCACAGUAUGUCGAAGCGCGUGAGCAUCGUUCUGCCCGGGGAGAUGCGGCCGCCACCGGUGCCACCCAAACCGAAGACCCGCUCAAAGUUGAUGGUCAAAAGCAGCUUGAGGAAGCCUUCCAGUAGCUUCUUGGAGACGCCCAACACCCUACUGGAGACGCCCAGAACAUCGCGUACGACUUCGAGCGAUUUGCAAACGAACACCGGCACCAGGAGCAUUCCGCGAACGACGUCGAGCGAUCUGCCGACCAGCAUCAGCACAAGGAGCGGCAUGCAGAUGACGUCCAGCGGGUGGUCCUCCAGCAGCCGCAAUUACUUCAGGGAAGUUGCAAGCAACACCACCCAGAGAUGGACUCCGGCUGGCAGAAGGAGCUUCGAAGAGCAGGAAGUCUCGCAGAGCGACGUAUCGCAGAAGAUGUCGGUCAAGGCCUCCAUCAAGAGCUUCCUGGAGAAGACCGUUGGUGUGGUGGGUGCUGGGUCCACUACCUCCAUCAUAAAGUUUCUCAGCUACUUCAGGGGGGACAGCCGCAGUCCGAGUACCCAGUCCGAGAAGUCACACGGUGAAGGCUCUGCCCAGUUCAGCCCCAAUCCCACCGAGUCCCUCGUUCUCUUUCGCCGGCAGAAGGCCACCUCUGAGGCCGACUCUCUGGACACUGAUGGCGCGAGCUCUCUCGGCCCCAGCUCUCAGCCAUCAGUCAUCUCGAUGAAGAAGCCCUCGAGAAUGGAGGUUCUUGCCAAGUCCAGUCGCAGGUCCCUGGCUAGCGUUGGAAGCAGAAGCUCCUCGAAGUCCCGCCAGCUGCUCCCGGAGUUUGCUUUCGCGCUGGUCAGCGCCGACGGAUCCAUCAAGACGCCCAGCAAAGGCACCUUAGAUCCUUCCAGUGCCAGCAAAGGCACCUUAGAUCCUUCCAGUGCCAGCAAAGGCACCUCCGAACCGCCCAGCAGCGGUGCCACCUACGACGAGCGCUGCAGCUGCUGCCACUGCGUGCACAUGCGGCAUGCCGUGAAGCAGGCCGAGUUCCUGGCCUCGGACGAGGGCAAGUGUCGGCAGCAGUUGAAGCUGGCGGCCAAGAACUUCUUCCUGGACAUCUGCGCCAUGUCCGCGGUGCGCGAGCGGAUCCUCAACGAUCUGCACGGCACCGGCCCGCAGCGGCCUUCUCCGCGAAUCAGCUACCCCUUGGCCAUCACCAGCGCCCGGCGAAUGGACAAGCGCUCGCUGGCUCUCGAAUGGUUCGUGCACGACUACACCGACAUUGCCCACUACGAGAUUUACGUGGACAAUGUCCUGUGUCGCAGCAUCUACAAUCCGCGGACCCUCAGCACCGUCCUCCUGGACAUAAAUGUGUCCAAGCCCCACAAGCUGCGGAUGCGCCCGAUUCCUGUCCAGGGCCGCGCACCGGGAGCCAAGCCAGAGGACAAGAUGGUGCAGCAGCUGCGGGAGGUCGGUCUGGCCAGCGCCACGACAGACACCCUCUGCCAGUGCCUCAAGCAGCAGGAGCAGCAGCAGCAGCAGCAGGAGAGGCGAAAGUGCAAGUCGAUGCUGGAUUUUUGGACCGACAGCGAGUACCUCUACCUUCCCGCCGCCUGCACUCGAUCCUAAACAAAUGUCGUGGACUCUUCCAAAUAAAUUGUGAUUACGAUGUUGAAAUCA